AUAUCAUUCUGUAUUUUAAGAGAGAGAGAGAGAGAGGGAGAGAGAGAGAGAGAGAGAGAGGUGGUUUGUGCUUUCUUGAGCUUAAAAAAAUGGUUUACAAUAUUGGUGUUUUGCUAGUGAGUUUCUUCUCUCUCUUCUCUCAGUCCUUGAGUUUUUCAGCUCGUUUGGUUCCGGCCAUGUAUGUUUUCGGAGACUCCCUAGUAGAUGCGGGCAACAACAAUUACCUUGUGUUUUCCCUUGUCAAAGCAAAUUUUCCACACAACGGCAUUGACUUUCCCACCAAAAAACCAACUGGGAGGUUUUGUAAUGGCAAGAAUGCUGUUGAUCUUCUUUCUGAGAUAGUGGGUUUACCACCAUCCCCACCUUAUCUUUCUGUGGCAUUCAAGUUGAAAAAAAGUCGUAAUCAGUUCCUAACAGGUGCAAACUUUGCCUCUGGAGGUUCUGGUAUCAUGAAUCAGACAAACAAAAUGUUUUCACUCUCUUUAACAAAACAAGUAGGCUACUUUCUAGCAGUGCAUAAGGCCUUGAACAAACAGCUGGGACCCACCGGUGCAAAUAAGCAUUUCUCAAAAUCUCUCUUCCUAAUUGUGACCGGAAGCAAUGACAUCUUUAGCUACUUUGGGUCUGAUGAAUUACGCAAUAAAAGCACUCCAUCGCAGUAUGUGAACUUGAUGUCUUUCACACUUAAGGGACAACUUAAGCGUUUGUACAAUCUUGGUGCUCGUAAGUUUGUAUUUGUUGGGACAGGACUUAUUGGAUGCAUUCCAUCGGAGAGGAACAAGAACAAAGGAGAACAAUGCAAUGAAGAAGUGAAUCACUGGUCGGUUAAGUACAAUGAAGCUCUGAGGUUAAUGUUGAGGAAUUUGAAAUUUGAGCUCAACGGCAUAAACUACUCCUACUUUGACGGUUAUAGCGUGAUGCAAAAUUUCAUUCAAAAGCCAACUGCUUACGGAUUUUCCGAGGUUAAAGCUGCUUGUUGUGGCAUGGGAAAACUAAAAGCCGAGAUCCCAUGUUUGCCAAUUUCAAGCUAUUGCAACAACAGAAGCAACCAUCUUUUCUGGGAUGGAAGCCAUCCUACAGAAGCAGCUCAUCGCAUCUUUGUGGAUCAUAUUUUUUAUGGUCCUUUGCAAUACACUUUCCCAGUAAACGUCAAGAAGCUUAUAGCUAUUUAAUUUUUGACCAACGAUAUAUUAUAAAUACUGCCUUCUUAUGAGUGUUUUUUUUAUAGAAAUGUUAGCGUCACUUUUAUGCCACUCUCUUUGUCACUUUUUACAUUAACUAUUUGAGACAUACGU